UACUUCCGUUAACGCAUGCGCAUGAGAGUGUGAAAUUUUCUGUUGUCAGAAAGUCAGGAAGCGAAAGCCGCUACGGAUUUACGAUACGAUUCCAGUGUGUUUAUAAUGCAUAUUCCUGGAUAAGUAUUUGUUUGUACGAGACAGAAAAAAAUCAUGGGACUUAAACCUUUAGAGUUUGCGGAUUGCCUGACAGACAGUCCUUACUUCCGUACAAAAUUAGCUGAACAUGAACGGGAGUUGGAACGAACCAGUAAAUUUAUCAAGACGUUGGUUCACCACGGAAGGGAUGUGUACAAUGCAGCGAAACAGUUCUCCAAAGCUCAGAAAGCUUUCGCCAAGGAUUUGAUGGACUUUAAAUUUGAAUGCAUCGGGGAUCAGCUCACGGAUGAUGAAAACUUCAUUU